AAAAGCCCACAGAGACAACGUAACAUGGUGUCAGAAGUAAAAAUUCAGGUCAGAUUAUAGUAACGAGUAUUAUAAUAGUCAUACAAAAGUCGAAACAUGGUCUAACAGCACGUGGUGAUCUGGUUGGUUUUAAAAGAAAUUAAUUAAAAACGGCCAAAAGGUAAAGUUCAACCAUGUCGGAACAAGAUUCUAUAGAGCAGAAUCAACCUGUCGUUGUAAAAAUAAAAAGUAACGUGAUAGGAAAUGAAAUCCAACCAUUGUCAAUGCAAGGAAAUUUGGCACAUAACUGGGGAGAACGGAGCAUAAAUUUCAAAAUAUUUUUGAGAGCCACAGGUUUAGAGGAAGAAAACGAUGCGAGAAAAAUGCAAGAAAUAUUUACAAGUCAUUUGAGUUUAACAUGGAUACUGUAACAUUUCGAGAAGUUGUAGGGAAAUUUGAAAAAUACUGUAACCCGAAGAAAAAUUUAACAGUAGAAAAACAUUAUUUUCUUACUAGAGUACAGAAAGAUGGUGAAACCAUUGAAGAUUUCAUGACUAGUCUAAAGAAUUUGAGUUUAACAUGUGAAUUAGGAAUUUUAAAAGAAAGUUUGGUGUGUGACAUGUUCAUUAUUGGUUUAAAUCCUAAAUACCAUUCAAUUAAGCAAAAACUAUUGCAAGAAGUAGAUCUGAAGACAGAAAAGGUAUUACAAAUUGCUCAAAAUAUAAUUACAACUCAAAUGCAAGCACAACAGUUAAAUAAAAAUUCAGAAGCAGUGGUAUACAAAGUAGAGAAGAAUAAAGAUGGUCCAGGUCCGAAUUUUUCAAAUCAUUCAAGGUAUAGAAAUGAAGUCCCAGGUCCAAGUUGGAGAAAUGAUAGUCAAAGGUACAACAUAGAUGGUACGAACACAAACAGUCAAAGUCAGGUAACAAGUCAGAAUUUUAAAUCAAGAUAUAAUGGAUAUGCAAAUCAUAGUAAGAAUAGUGAAAAUAAUCAAGUGGUAAGAAAAGUUUGUCAAAGAUGUGGUGAAAAUCAUAGAAAUAAAUGUCCAGCAUUAGUAGCUAUUUGUCAUUAUUGUAAAAAACAAGGUCAUUAUGCAAAAUGUUGUCAAACUAAAAGAAUAAAUAAUAUAAAUUUAAGAGAAAGUACAUUACAAUCAUCUAAUAAUGAAAAUGAUUCAUGUUUUGUUAUUAAAACUAUUAGUCAGAAUAGUAUUAAUCAGAAUUGGUCAAUUGUAGUCAGAAUCAAUAAAAUAAAUGUAGUAUGUUAUUUAGAUACAGGUGCACAAGCUAAUGUGAUGUCAAUAAAAAUUUUUAAUGAGGUUAAUGUACAAAAAUUAGAACUGGUACCUACAUGUAUAAAUUUAAAGUCUUUUUUAAAUGAUGUCAUACCUAUAGUAGGAAAAGUAAAUUUGUUAUGUGAAAUUGAGAAUAGGUUAGAAAGUAUUGAGUUCAUUAUUGUGAAUUUGGAGUGUCAAACAAUUUUGGGUCUAGAUACUUGUCAUAAAUUAAAAUUAAUUAAAAGAGUUGGUCUAGUAAGUCAUGAGUCUAUAAUAGAGAAAAAUAAACAAGUUUUUGCUGGUCUAGGUUGUCUACCUAAUGUAUGUCACUUAGAAAUUGAUAAAAAUAUUAAACCUAUAAUAGAACCGCCAAGAAGAAUACCUUUUUCUUUACAUGAUAAAUUAAAAGAAGAAUUCAAUAGAAUGUUGUCUACGGGAAUAAUAGAAAAAGUCAAUGAAGCAAGUGAAUGGAUAAAUUCAAUAGUCUUAGUCGAAAAAAGUAAUAAAAGUUUGAGAGUUUGUCUGGAUCCCCGUAAUUUAAACAAAGCUAUUAAAAGAUGUCAUUAUCCUAUACCAACAUUUAAUGAGAUUAGGUCAAAAUUAGCAAAAGCAAAAUAUUUUUCAACACUAGAUGCACAGUCAGGGUUUUGGAUGAUACCAUUAGAUUUAGAGAGUUCUAAGCUAUGCACAUUUAAUACACCCUUUGGAAGGUUUAGAUUUACAAGAUUACCUUACGGUAUAAGCUGCGCUCCUGAGAUUUUUCAUAAAGUAAUGAAUGAAAUAGUAGGAGACAUAGAAGGAGUUUGUUUAUAUAUAGAUGAUAUUUUAAAUUUAUAGUGAAACUUUGGAAGGUCACAAUAAAAUACUAGAACUAGUACUAGAAAGGGCAAAACAAUUCAAUUUAAAAUUCAAUAUGGACAAAUGCAAAUUUCUAUUAUCAGAUAUAAAAUAUUUGGGUCAUAUUUUUAGUGCAGAAGGCAUAUGUCCAGAUUCUAGUAAAGUAAGUGCAAUUUGUCAAAUGUCUAUUCCUAACAGUGGAGCUGAUAUUAGAAGAUUUUUGGGAAUGAUUAAUUAUUUAGGUGAGUACAUAGAUAAUUUAGCUGAGCGUACAAAAAAUUUAAGGUUGUUAUUGAAAAAAAAUAUUAGUUUUCAUUGGACAGAAGAGCAUGAAAGAGAAUUUGAGUCGCUUAAAGAAAUGAUUAGUCAAACGCCAGUACUAGCAUAUUUUGAUAACAAUUUACCUUUAACAUUAUCAGUUGAUAGUUCACAAUUUGCAGCUCAGUCAAAUUAUGCACAAAUAGAAAAAGAGUUCAAGAAAAAGGGUAUGGUAGAAAAGUUCAAGUUGAAACAGAUCAUAAACCAUUAGUCAGUCUUUUUAAAAAACCAUCAUCUGAGGUUCCAGCACGUUUGCAAAGGAUGAUGCUAAACUUACAGCUUUAUGAUUUAGAAGUUAGCUAUACUCCAGGAAAAUUUCUUUUCAUCGCAGAUACAUUAAGUAGGGCACCAGUAGAAGGUCCAGAUAAUACUGAUAGUGGAGAUGAAGAGUUACGUAUACAUGGAAGUUUAUUAGUUAACAAUUUAGCUGUGUCUUCAAAGAAAUUAAUGGAAAUACAGGCAGCAACCAAAACUGAUAGAGUUUUACAGUCAAUAAUAAGAUAUUAUAAUGAAGGUUGGCCAAGUUCGAAAAAUAAAUUGGAAACGGAGGUUAAACCGUAUUACAAUUUCAAUCAUGAAAUACAUGUUGUGGAUGGAUUAGUCUUUAGAGGAAAUCAAAUAAUAAUUCCUGAGUCAUUGCGUCAAGUUAUAUUAGAAAUAAUUCAUGAAGGUCAUUUAGGAUAUGAAAAAUGUAUUCGACAAGCACGUACGGUAGUUUUUUGGCCAGGCAUGUCAGUAGAUAUAAAGAAUAAAGUUGAACAGUGUCCAGCAUGUCUUAAAUAUCAUAGAUCAAAUAGUCCAGAACAACUAUUACCACAUGAAAUACCAACUUUGCCUUGGCAGAAGAUUGGUGUUGAUCUUUUUUAUUAUAGUAAAGUCACAUAUAUAUUAUUAGUAGAUUAUUAUUCUAAAUACUUUGAAAUAGCGCCUUUAAAUAAUACUUCAGCAAAAGAGGUAAUUAGUACAAUGAAGUCUAUAUUUGCGAGACAUGGAAUACCAUUGAUCUUAAUGUCUGAUAAUGGUCCCCCAUUCUCAUCAAAAGAGUUUCAGUCAUUUUUAGUAGAUUGGGACAUUACUUAUCAAAGUUCUAGUCCUUAUUAUCCAAAAAGUAAUGGUUUGGUAGAGAGGACAGUUCAAACUGUAAAAAAUAUUUUUAAUAAGUGUAUACAGUCAGGCUCUGAUCCAUAUCAGGGAAUGUUGCAAUACAGAAAUACAACGUUAGAAUGUGGUUAUUCUCCAGCUCAGUUAUUAAUGUCACGUAAUUUAAGAAUGAAAUUACCUGUUAGUGAAAAAAUACUCAUACCAAAAACAAUUGAUAGGAACGAAUAUAGCAAAUUUGUUAAGGAAAAAGAAAGGAAAGUAAAAGAAUAUCAUGAUAGGUCAGCUAGAAACUUACCGAAUCUGUUUGUUGGAGAAAAUGUAUUUUAUAAAAAGGUUCCAUCAUCACCGUGGUUACCAGCUACUGUGAUAGAAAUAGGUCCUUUUCCAAGAUCAUAUGUCGUCAGAACACCUGAAGGUGUACAUUAUCGUAGGAACAGACAACACAUAUUAAAGCCUGCCAGUACAAUUAGUAGACAAAAUAGUGAGGUGAUAGUUAAGCAUGAAAAUAGUACAGCAGCUAGUUCCAAUUUGUAUGAGGCUCCAAAUAUGAACAACGAUACAUCAAUUUCAAAUCAAAGUUAUGACAAUUUAAAUGUUAACUUAAAUAGGUCACAUAGACUAAAUGUAAGUAAUCAAUUUUGUACCAGGAGUGGUCGAAUUGUAAAUAGACCAAAAAGGUUUUCAUUUUCAGAAGAGUAA